AUGCGCUAUGGGUGUGCUAUAGGAUGGCUCAUUGAUAUUAAACAUGGCUGUGGGCGGACUCAUUGUGACAGCAGCAGGGAGGAAGAGGUGUCUUUCACAUACCAGAACAGCACAGCCAGGGUGAGUAUUACCUUUAAAAUCCCAUUUAUUAACACCUGCACAUCUGGCCAUGUCCCCAGUCUGCUGCCAGAAUGUUUAAUAAUGUAUCUCCCACCCCUUCACCUGUCCUAGGCUACACCAUGCUGUGUUCACUGCCAGCUGGCCCCCAGCCUGCCCUUUGUAGCCAUUCCUGGUAGCCCCUGAGGUCAGUGCCCUUGGGUCACACAUGACAUGCAGUACUCACCACAUGUGACAUUGUUUGUCCUUACUUCCCUGCCAGCAUGCUGAUGUAACACAGCUGGGGCCUCUCUUCCUGCAGACUCCCCACUAUCAGGCCGUCCUUUAACUCGGUGACUUGUUACCUAGUAUCCUGUGACCCACACUGACAGCUGGCAAGUCGCCUUUUACUAGGAAAUGCCCACUUUACCCCUCUAAAGCGUCUGAGAACUCCUCUCACGGGUGUAAAUCAGCACUAGGCAAUUUAGAGCUUCACCUGAGAUGGACUGCAACUCCCAGUAACCUUAGAACAAAGAUGCUACUAUUCUGUGUGUCCAGGGACCACUUUAGAAUCUACAGGCUUUGUAAUGGUAACAUGUUAAGGUAAACAGAAUUAGUGAUAAAAUAGAUCAAUCGAAAUUCUGCUGUUCUAGUAAGGAAAUAGUUCCCUUCUGCACAUGCUUUUAAAUGCAGUCAUGAGCUGAUGCAACAGAGCCAACAGGAUUCUUUCCUAAAUUGAGAAUUCAAAGUAAAUGUCAAGUUUAAGGUUAAAAUAGCCGAACUGGAUUCAUUCUCUUAAGUAUGCUAAGCUAUCAGUUUGUCUAGUCUGGUCUUAAAUUUGAAAUUCACUUUGAAUUCUCACUUUGAUAAUGAACCCAGUCAUAAUUGUGAUGUCUUGACUAGAGGACUGCAAAUAUUUAGCUGCAUUAACCUUGUGAAAAUAUUUCCCAACUCAUGUAAUCUUUGCUAUUUUGGCCUAAUAUUUAAUAUUUUGUCAAUACUACGCAGUACUUGGAUUAGUGAAUGACUCCAACUCUCAAGGUUAUUAUCUGGAGGGGAUUAUUCACUAAACUCUGAAAGUAGCACACAAAGAAAAUUCAAUGUUAAAAUUUAGGGAAUAAAGCUGAUCUGGGUACAUUCUCCAACACCGCUUUAGUAGCAGAAUGGUUAUUUUAGAAUUCAAUUUGCAGUUUGGAUUUUAUUUUGCUACAAUUUAAAUUCACUUUGAAUUCUUGACUCUGCACACUUCAGUGAGUUGCCAUGUAUAUUAACUAUAGACACAUUUUAUUUUCACUUGCUGACCCUAUGUGGUACGAACUGAGUAAUAUCACAUUGAAAGGUUCCUGAGAAUAAGAUUUCAGUUUCCAAAAGUCUUAGAUAGCCAAAAGGCUAGCAGUAAGUCAACCCAGAGAUCUGUUUCUAAAACCGUGGGUACCACAACUUUAAAAUAGUGAGCAGUUCAAAUUCACAUUGUGCACAGUAUUUCUUAUUUAACUUGCUGAUUUUAAACUGUUGGUGUAAAGUGUACAUGGCUGAAAUAAAUCUAUUAUUCAUACAACUGGAUUAGAAAAGAUUUAGAAACAUUAGUUUAACCCCUUAAGGACCAAACUUCUGGAAUAAAAGGGAAUCAUGACAUGUCACACAUGUCACACAUGUCAUGUGUCCUUAAGGGGUUAAAGUAUCCAGAAUGCCAGAGUUUCCAUAUGUCGGAUAUCAGCUCCACUCUGUAUAAUGCAUUGGGGGGAAACUGCAUCACUCAGCCUUAAUUUUUUGCAUUACAUUUUCUAGGAAGUCCAAAUUACAGUAUGUUUAAAACCCUUUGUCGGCUCUGGAAAUUAG